UGGUUGCAUACAAAACCACCCAAUGAGGAAAAAAUCUUCCCAAUUCCCAUUGCAACUCCUUCCCCUUUGAUCGGUUAUUAUUCAUUAACAUGGCUUCAGAAUUUGCAACAAAUAAUAUUGUGGCUGAACUUGAAACAGCCGCCCAGCUCAGGGCUGCAGGUUUCUUCAUUACACGAAGGCCAUGGCUUGAUCUAUACGGGGUUAAACUAAGACCAGUGGCUCCUUUUGGUGGUACAUAUGGGAAACCGGUAGUCGAUACAUCGAUGAUACAUAAAUACUUGCCCGAUGAAUUACUGUUUGAGAUCUUUGCUAGAAUGACUCCAUAUAACUUGGGGAAAGCAGCUUGUGUUUGUCGGAAAUGGAGAAAUACUGUGCGUAACCCUGUGUUUUGGCGCAAUGCAUGCUUAAAAGCCUGGCAGAUCUCUGGGGUGGUGGAAAAUUACAAGCUUAUGCAAUCUAAUUAUGAUUCCUCAUGGAGGAAGAUGUGGCUUUCAAGACCGAGGGUCCGCAUGGAUGGUAUCUACGUCAGUAGGAACACCUACAUUCGCGCCGGAAUAGCAGAGUGGAAGAUCACCAAUCCAGUUCAUGUGGUCUGCUAUUUCCGGUACCUCAGAUUUUAUCCUUCUGGCAGGUUUCUGUAUAAGAACUCAUCUGAUAAACUGAAGAAUGUUGCGAAAUUCAUGAACUUCCGCUCUACUAAAUCUUGUCAUAGUGGCCGUUACACAAUGUCUGAAGACAAGGUUGAAGGGGCUCUUCUGUAUCCUGGAAUGCGUCCUACUAUCUGGAGGAUCCGGUUGAGGUUACGAGGUACAGUAGCUGGGGCUAACAAUCGGAUGGAUCUUCUUUCAAUAGUUACGAGUGGUGUGCAAGAGAAUGAGGUUCCGGAACCUGACGGGGACAUUCUUGGGGUUGUUGUAGGUUGGGAAGAUGAUGAAACCCACAAUCCAGAAGUACCUGCUAUUUCUCAUACAAGAGGUCUAACACCUUUUGUCUUUGUUCCAUUUGAAGAGGCAGAAACAUCAGAUCUGAAUCUGCCCGUGGAACGCAUGGAUUACUAUGUACCUGGUUGAACGGUAAAGGUUAAGCAAAAAACCAGUAUGCCUUUUAAAUAAACCCACUCUCAGUUAUAUUUGCUGUUGUUGUAACUUGUAUGUUAUCUAUUAAAACUUGUCAUAGAAUGAAGGUUGCUUUAGUUUUUUUUAA